AAAUAAAAUAAAAUAAAGAGUCUCGCUCAAUCUUGUUUCCAGUUGCUGCAAGUGCAGAGUAAAUCCAAACUGACCUCUAAAUAGAUAUUUGAGCGCCGAAAGGAACCACCACCUCAACUUACAAUAAGCCAACAUUAAUUAAUUAAUUAAUUAAUAAUUUACGUGGUGAGAGAGAAUGGCUUUUGCAAGGUGGCGCGUGUAAAUUACGUUGUGCGCGGGUUGAUGGCUGCCACCACCACCUCUAACGUCAUCCAUACCAAGUUUCUAGAAUCACUAAGAACCAACCGCCACUUUCGGAUCUCCGCCAACACCCACCGUGUCUUUGCAACCUCCGCCGAACUUCCACAGGGACCCUCCUGCAUCUACGUUGGCCCCCUCGAAACUGCCAAUAAAGAGACCCUCGAAGCUCUCUAUUGCCAAGCACGAGAUGCUUAUUAUAGCGGUGAGCCUUUGAUUGUUGAUGACAUGUUUGAUAGAGUGGAGUUAAAGCUAAGAUGGUUUGGUUCAAAGUCAGUUGUAAAGUAUCCUCGAUGCAGUAUCAGGAGGCAAUCAGCAUAUGCUGAUGCUGAGGAAGAUCUGUCUAUGAUUCUUGCAUUAGCAAGCACAUGGACCACGUUCCUCGCAUUUGGAAGUUUAGCAUGUCUUGGGCCCAUAUCAUACACUGUUGGCAUGGCUUAUCAAAAUGCAUUCAAUUCAGGAUUUUCAUAUGGUAGCCAGACAUCUGCAUUUGGGUUUCUGGCCACGGUGAAUAGCAUUAUAUUCAUUGUGCUGGGAUUUGUCAUUGGGUACCCAGUUGCAUCAGCUUCAGUUAAGGUGCUUCAAGGCCUGUGGAGGAAUGAUUUGGUGGCACUAAAAGGUGCAUGUCCAAAUUGUGGAGAAGAGGUAUUUGCAUUUGUGAGAAUGGACAGAAACAUUGACUCGCCUCACAGAACAGACUGUCAUGUGUGUGAAAGCUUAUUAGAAUUUCGCACCAACGUGGAGUUCAUCUUAAUGAUGUGCAAGCCAGAGAAUAUUUGUUUCAGCCAUAUUUUUCUCCUCCUUCCAAAACAAAACAAAACAUUGUUCCCUCCAAAACAUGAUCCUGCACUUUGCAUGACAUGUUGUGUUAUCAAUUUUCAGCAAUCAGUUUCAAGAUUUGGUAGACAGUGGGUAUACGGGCGUAUAUACCUUGUUUCACUUAGAGGCAAAUCCCGACGCCAAAGACAACUGUAAAUUUUCUUCCCAGCAUUUGCGACUUGCUUCAGUUAUUGUCAAUACUAUAGCAGCUAUCUGAAUACCAUCAAAAGAAUUCGACAGUUUUUGCUUUGAAACCAAUUUGAUAUACUUUUUGGUAAGGAAGAAGUGUACAUGUUGGGGUAGACAACCAAUUUCUUUGAUUUGAAUGCAAAUUGGUAUUGUGCAAUAUUUUGGAGGUGAAAUUUGAUAUGUAAACUUUUUUGACAUUUUUCAUUUGAUAUGAGAUCUUAUGUAGAAUUUCUAGGAAUAUUGAAUUGUCAUGACAAUUGAUAUCUCAUGUAACGCAGAAAUCCAAUGGCCAUGUACACCAGUAGAUCUCUGUAUUAUUUUUCUUGUACUGAUACUACUGCCAUGAAUGCAGAUGCCAUAGUUAUUGUUUUAGUUGUGA